AUGGAUCGUUUUUGGUCUGUGCCGCCUGUGACAAGGACUUUAGUUACGCUUACUUUCGUUCAGUCUGCCCUUGUCUAUGGCGGUCUACUAAGUGGUAGAUAUGUGGUAUUCCGUCCGGAGCUAGUCUUCAAGCUACUUCCUGAGGCAUGGAGGUUAUUCUCGUCAUUCUUUUUGACAGGGCCUCGCCUUGACUUUAUACUUGAUCUCUACUUCAUGUUCAAGUAUGGCAGCGCUUUGGAGGCGUCAUCACCGCGGUUCAACUUACCGGGUGACUUCUUCACGUACGUGUUCUUUGUAGCCACUGUUAUUACGCUCACCGCAGGUUGCCUAUUAGAUGAUGUAAUUUUCACCCAUGCACUAAUAAUCGCAUUUGUCUACACCUUCGCCCAGGACAACCAAGGUAGAAAAGCCUCCUUUUUCGUGGUCCAACUGCCUGUUGAAUUCCUACCAUGGGCGAUGCUCACCUGGACGCUUGUGCUUAGCGGGUGGCAUGCAGCAUUCAGUGAGAGCAUGGGAAUAGUCGCGGCACACAUGUAUGAUUUCUUCUCACGCAUAUAUCCGACUUUUGGAGGUGGUAGGAACUACAUCAUCACGCCGACUGUUGUGCGGAGAAUCUUUAGCGCCCAUACCCCCAGUCAGCACCGGGCCUAUGGAACAGCUUAUCGUCCGAACCCCGAAGAAGGCCGGGGCUCUUUUCAGAGCCCUUGGAGCACAAGCCUGUUCAAAAUGGCGGUCGCAUUGGCUAAGGAAGAGAUCGACUAUACAAUCAAGCCAGAGGCUGGCGCUUCCAACAUUUCGACAUCUGACUGGCCACUUUUACUGAAGAAUUAUGACAAACUCCUCGUCAGGACUGGUCAUUUCACGCCAAUUCCCGCCGGUUGUUCUCCUCUGAAACGUGACUUGAAGUCGUAUAUCAAUUCUGGCGUGAUCAACCUCGACAAGCCAUCUAACCCAUCCAGUCAUGAAGUGGUUGCUUGGAUGAAGCGGAUUUUGAGGGCAGAAAAAACCGGACACAGCGGAACUCUUGACCCAAAGGUCACCGGUUGUUUAAUUGUUUGUAUUGACCGUGCCACUCGUCUGGUUAAAUCGCAGCAGGGUGCAGGAAAAGAAUAUGUCUGCGUGAUCCGCCUGCACGACAAGAUCCCGGGUGGUGAGGCGCAGUUCAGAAGAGCUCUUGAAACGUUGACCGGUGCACUUUUCCAGAGACCUCCACUGAUCUCUGCUGUCAAGCGUCAGCUCCGUAUCAGGACGAUACACGAGAGUAAACUUUACGAAUUCGACAAUGAUCGGCAUCUUGGUGUCUUUUGGGUCAGUUGCGAGGCAGGAACAUACAUUCGAACUCUUUGUGUUCAUUUGGGCCUCCUGCUCGGUGUUGGAGCGCAUAUGCAAGAGCUCAGACGUGUAAGAAGUGGAGCUAUGGAUGAAAACAGUGGUUUGGUGACUUUACACGAUGUGCUCGACGCUCAGUGGAUGUAUGACAACCAGCGUGAUGAGUCGUAUCUGCGUAAAGUCAUCAAGCCUCUUGAGACCCUACUCACAACUUACAAGCGUAUUGUUGUUAAGGACAGCGCUGUGAAUGCCGUAUGCUACGGUGCCAAGCUCAUGAUCCCCGGUCUUCUGAGAUUUGAGGCUGGAAUUGAUGUCAACGAAGAAGUUGUACUUAUGACUACUAAGGGUGAGGCCAUUGCCAUUGCCAUUGCUCAGAUGUCGACCGUGGAGCUGUCCACCUGUGACCACGGAGUUGUUGCCAAGGUUAAGCGUUGUAUCAUGGAACGCGAUCUUUACCCACGGAGAUGGGGUCUGGGCCCUGUCGCUCUGGAGAAGAAGAAGCUUAAAUCGGCUGGGAAAUUAGAUAAGUAUGGUCGAGCCAAUGAAGCGACACCCGCCAAGUGGAAAAAUGAUUAUAAAGAUUACAGCGCGCCAGAGGCCUCCGAGCAAUUGGCAGUUGAGCCAGCACCUAAGAGCGAGAUGGCUGUUCCUACAUCUGAGCAGGCCGAAGCUCCCUCGUCGCCCCCAAAUGAGAUGGAGGUUGAUGAGUCCAAGGAGGACGAGAAAAAGAAACGUAAGCGACAUGAGGGAGAGACUCCCGAGGAGCGAGCUGAGCGCAAGCGCAAGAAGAAGGAGAAGAAAGAGAAGAAAGAGAGACGAAAGUCCAAGCAGGAGAAGGAGGAGAGUGAUGACAGCGAUUAA